GGGGAGUGGCUCCGCCCCGCUGAUCGGGAGGGCGGGUCCCGGAUCUCCCCAUCCGCCUCCCGGAGACCGGGGCCCGGCUGAGGCACCGACAGUCCCGGGGCUUUGGGACGGAGAACUUUUCGAAACUUUGUGCCGAGUCCGGGAGUUGAGCGGCUCCGUGGACCGGCUGGCGGUGAUCCCGGGACCGGAGCUUCUGAUACCAGGGUAUUUGGUGAGACUUUAAUUAAACUGUGGCCGCGGUUUGAUCGGCGAAUGCAUUUCAAGAACAAACUCGGCUGAUGUUUGGACAUAAUUAUUCACCGUUUCGUUUGAGAUUUAUUAAGGAAAGAAGUCUGAAGAAGGUUCAUGUGUUUGGGGUAUACAGGAGAAUUAAAGAGCCUACAAUUGAGAGAAAGAGUAGAACAACUACAGUUGAUGCAGCCUUCUCCUGAACCAUGGCAGCUGCUGACCAAGUGUUUUUGGCAGAGAUAACAGAUGAAGAUGAAGAUGGGGUUUCAGGGGCCGAGGUCCAUGUUAACACACAACUGGAUCUGUCAACAAAAGUUCAAGAAUUUUUCCUGAUCUGUGACCGAGAAUGUAAAGGAUUUAUUAACCGGAGAGAUCUGGAGCACCUUCAGGAAGAGUUGCCUCUCGGCCCAGAGGAGUUGCAGAGCGUAUUUGAUGCACUGGAUACAGAUGGGAACGGGAAGCUUACCUUGGAGGAAUUUACCACAGGCUUUAGUCAAUUUCUGUUUAAAGAAAAGAUACUCGUGAACAAGGCAAAUCCCAGCCGGGAUCAAAGUGAAGGGCUGGGUUGGGAUGGAUCAGACAGACAGUCGGCAGUGAUGGAGAAGGAAGAUGAAUGCUGCUUUCACACGCUGAUGGACAAGUUGGGAGCAAAGAACGUCUUUAUAGAUCAGGACGAAGUGCAAAACCUUUGGUCACAACUUCAGAAAGAUGAACCACAUUUGAUCAGCAAUUUUGAAGCAUUUCUCACCCAGAUUUUCACCCAGAUGCAAAAGGCAAGCAAGGAAAAAAAGAUAAUGGAGUUGGCUUUAAAAAGGAAGGGGGCAGAAAAUCUGGAAGAAAUUGAACAUCUGUACAAUGAAAUGGAGCAACGGAUUCAAAUGGAAAAACUGGCCAUGUUUAACAAAACCUCGGAUUUGAACUUUCGAUGUCAGAAACUAGAAGAAAAUCUGAAGAUUAAAGAGCAAGAACAGGAAGAGCUCUCGCUCAACAACAUGAGGUUGGAGAAAGAGUUGGAAGAGCUGCUCAGUGAAAAGCAGGAGUCGCGGAUGGUGAAUCAGAGUCUGAAGAGAACGACAGAGGAGUUGAAGGAUUCAGUCCAUUACGUGAGGGAGGAGCUGGUGGCUGCUCAGCAUGAAGUGCAGGCAGUGCAGUGUGCAACGUCCCGACUGCAGGAGGAGCAGGAACUAGAGCUCUAUCGUGUGACCGAGGGUCUGGAGAGAGAGAAGCUGAACCUUUUGAAACAGAUGGACCUCUUGAGAGAGAUGAACAAGCACCUUCGAGAUGGACGGGAUAUGUCCAAUUUCCCGAAACCAUCCAAAUAUGAAACAUCUACUUCAGGGAAGCAUAAUGUUGUGCAUGCUGAUGGUCAGCAUGUGGAGACCAAGUUCUCUUCGGGAAGGAAAAGUGUAGACUUUGAGGAGCUUGGAUGUUCAAAGUGCUUAUCGAAAAAUUUGGAGCAAGCAAUUGGUGUGAGUCAUGCCAGAGGAGGAAUGGAUAAGGAAUCUGCCAGAGGAGAAAGACGGUACUUGCAGAGGAUUAUUUCAAUUGAAGAGGAUCCACUACCACAGUUUCUUGAAACACAUUCGGCAACUCAGUUACAGAACUGGAUUGAGGUAAAUGAAGAGCAGGAGCUUGAAGAGAGGGCCCUGGAAUCAGCAGAGACACGUGCGUCUCCAGUCCAAGUAGCAUUGUCCCCUGCAUCUCGGACAACACCAGUGGCACUGGCCCCUGCAUCUCCAGACCAGGCUGCAUUAACACAAGCCAGAGAAACAUUCUCCAACCCUGAGCGUUUGUUCAAAGUAAUACUGGUUGGCAAUUCCAGUGUGGGAAAAAGCUCUCUUUUGAGAAGAUUUUGUGGCGAUGGUUUUAAUCCUGGAAUCUGUGCAACUGUCGGUAUCGAUUACUGUGUGAGAACAAUGAACGUGGCUGGCAGCGUGCUGGCCCUCCAGCUGUGGGACACUGCGGGACAAGAACGGUUUCAUAGCGUUACAAAGCAGUUCCUCCGUAAGACAGAUGGAGUUGUUCUGGUCUACGACAUCACAGCUGCCGCCAGCUUCAACGCGGUCCGGCACUGGCUACAGAGUGUCCAGGAGGGAGCAGGUCCUGACGUCUUGAUCCUUCUCCUGGCCAAUAAGACCGAUCUGGAAAGUGAACGGCGGAUUCCCACUGAGGCAGGACAGCGAGUGGCAACGGAAAGCAACCUGAUUUUCUAUGAAUGCAGUGCAUACUCUGGUGACAACAUCAACGAAGCCAUCAUGCAUCUAGCAAGACUCUUAAAGGAGCUGGAAGACAAAGAAAAGGAAAAGUUUGUUGAACUGUGUGAAGGCUCUCCCCAACAGAAAUUUUGCUGCAUAAAGUAAUAUCGAGAAUGAACUCUUCCACUAAGCAGAACAUUGGAAAGAAGCUUUAUAUCUCCUGGGUGCUGCCCCUGCUGCAGGAUUACACAAACUGAAAGAGUAUUCUUUCAUGGAAUUUACUAACUGGUAAUUUUUAAUUAAGUUCUUCAGGUUAAUUGAUGGGAUUGGGUGAAGUUUAUUUAAGAGCGGCAAGUGCGUGCAUAUUAAAGAUAGACACAGAAUGCUGGAAUAACUCAGCAGCAUCUCUCGAGACUUUUCGACCAGAAAUGCCAUCCAUUCCUUCUAUCCAGAGAUGCUGCUUGUCCCACUGAGUUACUCCAGCGUUUUGUGUCUAUCUUUGGUGUAAACCAGCACCCGCAGUUCCUUCCUACACUAUGCAUAAUAAAUCAAAUUUUAUCAAAUUAUGCAGCAAGUACAAAGGUUGCAUCUAAAAGUGAAACACGGAUAUGAAAUGGAGGAAUCUUAAAUCGGUCAGAUUGUGCAUAACUGAACCAACAAACUGUAUCAUUCAGGCAUCCUUACUCCCACCUGCCUUGGGGAUGGGGAGAAAUAGGUGCAAGUGCAGGUAAGGCACAGGGGAAAGGGGAAAGAAAGCGAGGGGAUGAAGGGGUGGAUUGGGGAAAGGUAGUCAACUAAAGAUUGGAGAAUUCAAUGUUCAUACAGUUGGGUUGUAAGCUACCCAAACAGAAUAUGAGGUGCCAUUCUUCCAACGGCAUGUAGCCUCACUGUGACUCUGGAGGUGGCCCAAGCCAGAAAGAUCAGGGUGGGAAUGAGAAGGUGAGUUAAAAUGACUAGCAGCCAGCAGAUCCAGUAGGCCUCUGUGGACCAAGUGCAAGUGUUUGGCAAUAUGGUUGCCAAGUCAAUGCUUGGCCUCGCCGAAUUACAGGAGGUUGCAUCAAGGACACUGAAUGCAGCACAUGAGGAUACAGAAUGUGCACAUGAAUUUCUAUCUCACCUGGAAGGGCUGUUGGGGUCCCUGGAUGGAAGUGAGGGGUGUAGGGAAAGGCAUUACAUCUCAUGAGGGUGCAGGGGAAAGUAUCCAGGGAGCGGGUGGUUUGGGUGGGAAGGGAUGAGAGAACCAAGGAGUUGCCGAUGUAGUGGUCUCGGAAGAAAGGGGUGGAGACGGGAUGAUGUGGCUGGUGAGAUCACAUUAGAGGUGACGGAAAAAGUUUGGAGAAUGAGGUGCUGAAUGUGGAGGCUGGUUAGGUGGAAGGUGAAAUGCUAUCCUUGUUCCAUCUGGGGGAAGGGGGAGCGAUAGCAGAACUAUGGGACAUAGAGGAUAUAUUGGUAAGGGAUCCAUCUCUGAUAGCAAGCGGAAACCAUGUUUAAUAACACAUAGAAACUAGGUGCAGGAGUAGGCCAUUCGGCCCUUCAAGCCUGCACCGCCGUUCAAUAUGAUCAUGGCUGAUCAUCCAACUCAGUAUCCCGUACCUGCCU